CGGGAGGAGCUCAGAAAGACAGCAGACUGACAGCAAACCGGAGCGGCUCCAGUUUUCUCCUCUCUGGUUCCUGGUGCUGAGCUAAAACCUUUUUUUAUCUUAAUAAGCUAAGAGUGUGGUGUGGGCGGAUUCGCGGAGCGGGUGGCAGCUUUCGGGUUUAUUCACAUGAAAAACAAACAUCCAAGCCCUGGAAGUGGAGUCCUGAGGAGCCUUUAUCCAUCCGGACCUUGUGUUGAGGACAACAUGCCGCAGACUCCACCUUUCCCAGGCCAGCUCAACACGGGCGGCUUCAACAACAACGUGUACCCGAGCACCACGGAGAGCUCCCCAGGCCUGUACUAUCAGGACAACAACCUGGUGUCCGGGUCCCUGGAGGCCCUCAUCCACCACCUGGUUCCCACCGUGGACUAUUAUCCAGAUAGGACGUACAUCUUCACCUUCCUACUCAGUUCUCGUCUCUUCAUCCAUCCGUAUGAGCUCAUGUCUAAGGUGCACCACCUGUGCACAGAACAACAGCGACUUGGCGACCCUCAAGCUGACAAGCUGAGACUGAAAAAGAUCACUCCAAAGAUCCUCCAGCUGCUGACGGAGUGGACGGAGACCUUCCCAUAUGACUUCAGGGAUGAGAGGAUGAUGCGCAGCCUGAAGGAGCUGACCCAGCGGCUCACCGGUUGGGACGAGGUGCACAAGAAGGCCAUCAGCCAGAUGAGCCAGGGCCUGAUCCGGAGGCUGACUGUGCUCAGCCAGUUCGAGGAGGCGCUGGUGAAGAUCAACGCCACAGCCACGGAGCGGCUCACGGCUCUGAAGGCCAAACCUCAGGCAGCGACCCAAAGGGACCUGCUGUCCAUCUGCAACGACCCCUUCACUGUCGCCCAGCAGCUCACCCACAUAGAGCUGGAGCGGCUGAGCUAUAUUGGGCCUGAGGAAUUUGUUCAAGCCUUCGUCCACAAAGACCCUCUGGACAACGAGAAGAACUGCUUCAGUGAUCACAAGAAGGCCAACAACCUGGGAGCUUACGUUGACUGGUUCAACAGACUCAGCUAUCUGGUGGCUACAGAGAUCUGCAUGCCUGUGAAGAAGAAGCAUCGAGCUCGAGUCAUGGACUUCUUCAUCGACGUGGCGCGAGAAUGCUUCAACAUUGGCAAUUUUAACUCCCUCAUGGCCAUCAUCUCUGGGAUGAACAUGAGUCCCGUAUCCCGGCUCAGGAAAACCUGGAAUAAAGUCAAAACGGCCAAGUUUGACAUCUUAGAGCACCAGAUGGAUCCUUCCAGCAACUUCUACAACUACAGGACCGCGCUGAGAGGAGCGAUGCAGAGAUCCCUCACAGCCAACAGCAGCAGAGAGAAGAUCGUCGUCCCGUUCUUCAGCCUGCUCAUCAAAGACAUUUACUUUCUUAAUGAGGGGUGUUCCAGCCGCCUGCCCAACGGCCAUGUCAACUUUGAGAAAUUCUGGGAACUGGCCAAACAGGUGAGCGACUUCAUGACCUGGAAGCAGGUGGAGUGUCCGUUUGAGAAGGACCGUAAGAUCCUGCAGUACCUGCUGACCGCUCCAGUGUUCACUGAAGAUGCUCUGUAUCUGGCGUCGUACGAGAGCGAAGGUCCUGAGAAUAACACGGAGAAGGACAGAUGCAAGUCUCUGAGAUCCACUCUGCUGAGCAGAGUCUGAUGCUCGGAGGAAACCUGAAUGACGAAUCGGCGUUCCCAGUCGACGCUGCUGUUGUCCGAACUGAGUAUUCCCGUGUUGGAAGGGAAACCGCAAUCUCUAAGUGUGACUGGGAGGACCUCCAGAACUGAACCCCGCCUUCCUCCUGCUGUGUAUUUGAGGACUGCUGUUUUUCACCUCUUUGUAUGACUGCAGUCCUUUUGUUAAAGCCUCCACAGCCCUGGGGGUCGAACGGCGGUUCGGCCCUGAUGUUGGAGCUUGUUUCUCCUCUUUGUUUUCAUACUUUUUAAUUCCACUAAAAUAGCUGAAAGUUAGCUGCUGGCUGGCUAACGCGGCAUCGAUGCUGAACUCUCUGGUUCCACAUGCCAGCAUUUCUACGGAGAACCGUCACCUGCAACACUGUUAUCCUGUUUCUGCCUUUGUCCCGUCGUCGUGUUUGGAGUUUGUCACGAGUCCGAAGCGUUGGCUGUGAUGAGUGUGAGGAACGCAGUUUUUCAGAAGAGAACAUGAUUUUGGUUUCUUGAGGCUGGAAGCAUCACUUGUGUGAUUGGUGGCCUGUUGUGUGGUCAGUGUCUAGCUAACGGUCUGUGCUGCCCCCUGGUGGCCGAACCGGAGAAGUGAUGUGUUCUGAGUGAGUACUGUGAAGUCCCCCGCCCCCCAGGUUAAUUAACAGUUUUAUUUUUUAUAUUAUUGAGAAGUUAAUUUCCCUUCAGUUGUUUUAUUUAUAAAUCUGUGGUCGUGUUGUCCUGAUAUUACUAUUUAAUUUUGUACUUGCUGGUACGUAACACGUCUAAAUAAGAGUCCUUCUUGGUUGUUUGUCUAAAUAUUUUUAUACACGUUUGUUUGAGACUCAGAUUUUUCACGGUACCACGGUAUGGUGCGGCUGCACGCUCUGAAGUGAGGAGAGUCCCCCCCCCCCCACCUCCCCACCUAGUGGACACUUAUUUUGUGCAUUGUCUGAAGUCUGUUGCAUAUCUGUCUAAGGUGUUUUUUGCAUAGCAAAGCUGCCCUCUCUGUCGGGGGUAACUCUGAAGUGCCUUUUUUUCCCCUCCCCCUGACUCUUAUCGCCAUAUAAACCCUCUGGAUCUAUACGGUAGCGUUACUCGCGUUGCAAAUGACCACAGACACCAAUUCUUGUCGUGUGUCUAUGUAUGUAUGUAUGUCUGAUCUCAGAAUUGUGUGUACUGAAACUCUAAUUUCCCUCUGGGAUUAAUAAAGUAUUUUUGAAUUGAAUUGAAUUGAAUAAGAGACUGAACAUUGACACUUUUUCAUUAAUUGUGUUCACGUUUUAUUCCCUUCGUGUGUUUUUCUAUGUAUGUUUAAUGUUUAAAUGUAAUAGAGAAAGCGUUUAUAAAAUAUUUAGUUGUGCUCGAAUAAAAUUGUUUGAAUUUGUCAA